AUGGCCAUCAUCAAUGUGGAGAAGCUCAUCAUUCUUGUACAAGAACGGCCCCUAUUAUGGGACACCAGGUCAGAGCUAUACCAUGACCGUGUCAGAAAAGAUGCGGCAUGGGAGGAACUAACAAAGGAGCUGCAUCCUGAGGAGUGGGAGAAAGCAAGCAAGGUCCAGCGAAAGAACAUGGUAAAAAUAGCAAAGACAAGGUGGAACAGCACCCGUGAUCAAUUUAGAAGGGAGCUGUCGGAAACUUCACGUAGCGGUGACGGGGGUGCAAAGAAACGUCCCUACAUUUACACCAAGCAGCUGCGGUUCUUAAGAGAUAUCAUGGAGUUGCGACCCACUGUUGAUAAUCUGGAGGAGCAGACUGGGUCGAUAGAUUCGGAUGAGACCCAAAUGGAGACACAGAAAUCACCGGAUGACGCCACAACAAACCCACCAGAGAUGUCACAGCAAAUUCAGACAUCAAGUGGUCCAGAGGAAACACCAGCAGAGAUCCAUCCAGCACCAAGACGCCGGAGCCGGAAUCCUCCUGUGCAAGCACCAACAGAUAAUCGCGCUGUCAUAGAUAGUCGAGUACUAGACAAUCUAAAUAGAAAUCAAUCAGAGAGCCCUGAGGAAUUAAUGCUCCGAUCUCUGUCUCCAUUCCUCUCUUUAAAAAUAGCAAAGACAAGGUGGAACAGCACCCGUGAUCAAUUUAGAAGGGAGCUGUCGGAAACUUCACGUAGCGGUGACGGGGGUGCAAAGAAACGUCCCUACAUUUACACCAAGCAGCUGCGGUUCUUAAGAGAUAUCAUGGAGUUGCGACCCACUGUUGAUAAUCUGGAGGAGCAGACUGGGUCGAUAGAUUCGGAUGAGACCCAAAUGGAGACACAGAAAUCACCGGAUGACGCCACAACAAACCCACCAGAGAUGUCACAGCAAAUUCAGACAUCAAGUGGUCCAGAGGAAACACCAGCAGAGAUCCAUCCAGCACCAAGACGCCGGAGCCGGAAUCCUCCUGUGCAAGCACCAACAGAUAAUUGCGCUGUCAUAGAUAGUCGAGUACUAGACUAUCUAAAUAGAAAUCAAUCAGAGAGCCCUGAGGAAUUAAUGCUCCGAUCUCUGUCUCCAUUCCUCUCUUGUGUGCCAGAAGUGCGUCGGCCCGUGUUCAUGUCUACCAUGAACACGAUCCUUGAUAUCUUCUCAUGGCCCCAAGACCCCACAGAAUUGACAUAA